AUGGCCAAUGCAAAGCUUCCUAUAUCACGCUCGGGGGCUAUCUUGGGGUCGCAAAAUAUCGGCCCUGACUCGUCCAGGCCCUCAUCUCUGAUCGACAAUGGCAUCCUGCGAUGUCUCGAGGCUUUUGCCAGCAAAUCGGUUACUCUCAUCAGGGCCCCAAAAUUCAGAAGACUAGUGAUUGUGGUCGCUGUCCUUACAACCUGUUCGAUUAUUCUGUGGAUUAAGGUCAUAGUCCCUAUCAUCGAAGAAGGGAGGUCUGCAUGGUCUGCACUCAAGUCAAGCUCCGCAGCUGCAGGCGUGAACGGCGGUGACAGUCAUCCCAACUUUCCUGGUAUGGUGUUCAUGAAGACAAUGGAUCCUACAUUGAUUCCACAGCCCUUCACAAACCAUGUUGGCCCCCUUUCCAAAAAGAAGAGAUUGGUGUUUGUUGGCGAUAUCCAUGGUUGCAGAAAGGAGUUGGAAGCCUUGUUGAAGAAGGUACAUUUUCAUCCUUCAACAGACCAUCUGAUCUCUGUUGGAGAUAUUGUCUCCAAAGGGCCUGACUCACUCGGGGUGAUCGAUGUCUUACGUCGUUACAACGCUUCAUGUGUCCGCGGAAACCAUGACGACCGCCUUCUCUUGGUUGCGCAACAACUUCGGCCAAGAGCGUUCGAGACCUCCAUGGAUCACAAAGCAAGACUAGAUCCAACUGACGAGUUUGCCAAAGCGCGAGAUCCUGUACAGAAACUGGCAAUGUCGCUGAAUGCCGAGCAACUUGAAUACCUACAAUCUUGUCCUGUCAUUCUUCGUCUAGGCGCAGUGAAAGCUUUCAAUGGUGAUGCCGUCGUAGUCCACGGUGGACUCAUUCCAGGACUGGCUUUGGAAUCCCAGGAUCCUAGUUCGGCCAUGAAUAUGAGGAUUAUUGACCUAGCCACACACGCACCAUCCAAGAAGCACAGGCAAAAAGGAAGUGUUGCUUGGUACAGAUUGUGGAACAGAUACCAACAGCUCCUUCCCGUGCGGCAGCGAUUCGGAGGAUCAAAAGGCGACAGAGGCCGAGAAUAUGAAACACAUAUGACUGUUAUUUACGGUCACGACGCUAAAGCAGGCUUGCAAAUUCACAAAUACACCAAAGGACUCGACAGCAGCUGCGUCAACGGAGGUAGACUUACGGCUUUGGUUGUCGAUGACAACGGAAAACAGGAGAUUAUCCAAGUAGACGGCAAGAAUUACAGAGAGGGGGCAUCACUCCCAGUUGACGUUCUCCGAGACGGCAUACCACAACAACCUACAGGCGAGAAAGUGGCCUGA